CUUGUCAAGCCCAGCUCUUGCGUAGUGGAGUGAAGCAAAUGGUGGUCUUCAUGUUGAGUGGGAAAGCUUAAUUGAAAUCCUUCAUCAUCGAAGCAGCAACGAUGCCUGCAAUGGAGAACGAAACAGAGUACGGUAUUGUCGUUGGUAAUAGGUUUGCUGGCCUAGAUAUUGAGGCAGAUGAUCCCCUUGAAUUUAUUCAGAGGGCUCAACAGAAGGAGAAGGUCCUAAAGGCCGACAAAAAGGCGAAAGGCGUCAAGGGUGGUGCGAAGACUCAAGAGAAAUCUCAGGUUAUAGCGAUGAAAGAACCAGUAAUUGAAGAUAUCAAGAAAGAAGGUGUUAGGGCUGACAAAGGUGAAAAGCAAGAAAGGGGAGAGCAAAGAGGUCGUGGAGGAAGAGGACGAGGAGGGCGAGGCAGAGGUAGAGGAAGAGGGGUUGGAGGAGAUAGACCCCCAAGAGAAGGGCGUGGAGAUGGUUAUCAAAAAGAACACCAGGACAGUCAGGUUGAUGGCGAGCAGAAAGGUGAACGACGAACAUUCGGAGAAAGAAGAGGUGGUUUUGGAGAAAGAAGAGAGAGGAGAGGCUUUGGUGGAGAGAGAAGGGGCUUUGGAGACAGACAGAACUUUGGAGACAGACAGAACUUUGGAGACAGACAGAACUUUGGAGACAGACAGAACUUUGGAGACAGACAGAACUUUGGAGAAAAAAAGCCAUUUGGCAGUGAAAAUGAAGGAAGUGGCGAAAGGAGGAGCUUUGGAAACACAGGAGAUUCAGUUGAACAGCAUGAUGAUGGUUUUGGAAGACGCGGUGGUCGAGGAAGGCCAAGGGGGAGAGCAAGGGGAAGAGGUGGAAGAGGACGGGAGUUUGACAGGCACAGUGGAAGUGACAGAAGUUAUGCUUCCAGUUCCGUAAAAGCAACUGACAAACGAGAUGGAUCCGGAUCAUACAACUGGGGAACUGCACAGGAUGAAAUUGAAGCAAGUGAGGAAGCAAAUGUUGUUACUCCAAUGGAUGAGGAAGUUAAAGGAUCUUGGGCGGACGCAGCAGAGCAGUCAGAAACUAAUGAGGAAAGUGCUGGAGCUGCAGGAGAGGAUGGGCCAAAGGAGGAGGAAGUCAAAGAGAUGACAUUGGAUGAAUACAAGUCAUUGCUGGAGAAAGAGAAACCUCAAGUUGCAUACAAUGUAAGACAGGCUAAUGAAGGAGAAAAGGCCUUUCCAAAGAAUGCUGUCACCCUAAAGAAGUUAACAGAAAAUGAACAGGAAUCAGAUGACUCAUUGUUCUUCCCAAAACGAAUCAUUGAAGAAAAAUUCAAGACCUCUGGAAGAGUGAAGGAGAUUCUACCCUUUGAUCUCAAAUAUGCAGCAGUUGACUCAAGGUUAACAAGUGGAGGUCAACGUGGAAAUAGAAGAGGAGGAAGGGGUAGCAGGGGUAGUCGUGGACUGCCAAGGAAAGGAGGGAGAGAUGGUGGUGAAAGAGGUGACGAUAAAGCUGGGUUUGUAGAGAAGGAAGGAGGAAAUGCGGACCGUUAUGAUGAAGAGUUCCCCAAUCUUCAGUAAAGAAAGGGGGGAUUGCCUGCCCAGCUUAAGAAUUAUUUUAGGCAUCUGCUAUACAGUAUUAACUUCACUCAAUUAUUUGCAGAAUAUUACAACAGUGAAGCACAGGAUUUGCUGCUUUGUUAACGGGACUUCAUGCAAGUUGAAAUGAGACUGUGUAUUCUUUUCAUAUUGCUAGUGUUUUACAAGCAUGGGACAUAGAGACAUCUGAAUUUGCAUGCUUUGUAAUACACUAAAUUUGUGUCAAAGAAGCCAGGCUGACUUAAUUAAUCAUGUUUAUAGUGCUUGGCUAGAAUGCAACAGUCAGCUGAUAAGUCUCUGCUGAUAAUUUCUCAAAUUUGUUGCUUUCAGUAAAGUAUAGUUUUUGUAUGUUUUCAGUUUAUCAGAUAUUGGGAAGGCAGAAGUUUGCCCCAAAUAAGAAUUGCCACUUUGUAUAAAAUUGAACAUGAGUACAGUUUAAUGUGAGAAACUUCUUCCUGUUGCAAACUAUCCCAUCCAUCUCAUCAGAUAGAUUAUUGCCAAAGUAUUUCAGUUAUACAAGCAAUUAUGUAAUGAUAUUCAAAAACACUUUUAUAGAUAAAUUAAAGCAAAAAACAGCAAAUAAUUUUUAUGCUCCUCCGUUUUUGAAGCUUACAGACAAUGUUGUUGUGUAUUUAAACAGAAUUAUCCUAUAUUUAGAUGUCACAUUAAGUACAUUAAUGUCAGCCAAUUGCCAUGUUCCUUCUUAAUAAAUUGUCACACUUUUGCGGCUACAGCCAGAUUUCAUCCCAGUGUUAUACUACUCAAUAAGUAUGGCAGAGUUUUGUUUUAGAUAUACUUUUGUUGUGGUAGUAGCCAUAGAAGUGUGUUGUAAUGUUUUAAUAUCACGUGUAGAGUAAAUGGCAAACUGCAGUAAAAUUCGCUUGCAACUUAGUUGAGUAGGAAAGCUCUGUUUUAGAAUUUACAUUUCUGUCUUUGGUUUUGGUUCUGUGAUCAAAAUACUUGGAUGUAAGGUGCAAGAAAAGUCAACUGUGAUGUUCUUCGAA